ACAUAUGUGUGUGCGCAGUCAGCUUGAAAAAUUUUCCUAACCUCGUGUCCGUCACAAAUAUUCCUUCGACGUUUUUGGACGUGUGCUCAGUGGUUUAUUGGAAAUUAAUUAUUAAUUAAAUAAUUCAAAAGGUCGUAGUAAUACCGCAGCACCCAUGGAUAUUGGAGCCGGGCCUGAGCCGAGCUGCUCAAAGCGAAGCAACGGGAAUGAUCCAGCCGAUGAUAAGGAUAACGAGAUGAGCGUUAAGCGCAGCCGCCCCGACGAUUCGAAUGAAUCCUUGUCCCUGCCUGCCGCUCCGGUUGCUGGAGCACAGGACAGCGCAAUGGAUUACGAGAUGCAGGAGCAGCAGCAGGAGCAGCCGCAGGAGCAGCCGCAGGAGCAGCAGCAGGAGCAGCAGCAGGAGCAGCAGCAGGAGCAGCCGCAGGAGCAGCCGCAGGAGCAGCAGCAGCAGGCUCCGUUUCCGCAGCAGGGUCCGCAUCAUCUGGGGGUGCCGUAUUCCAUUAUCCCGUGCCCAGUACAUCCGAAUCGCGUAGAUGUGUUUCACUGGGCUACACUUCGUCAUUUUGCCUACAAUAUUCCAUUUAAUGAUAAAUAUCAUGGACGUGACGACUAAACAUAUCCCCUCGAAAGAAAAACUGCCAGAAACAGGUGGAACAAUAAUAAAUCUACAAACCAAA